AUGGAGGCAACAAGAAGCUACACCGCCCUCUUCUUCAUCCUCCUAAUCUCCCUCUCAUCAUCCUCUUCUUACGCAAAGAAGAGGAAAGAAUACAAGCCAUGCAAAGAGCUGGUCCUCUUCUUCCACGACAUCAUCUACAACGGCCACAACAAGGCCAACGCCACGUCGGCCAUCGUCGCGGCCCCCGAGGGCGCCAACCGGACCAUCCUGGCCGGCGAGUUCCACUUCGGGAACGUCGCCGUUUUCGACGACCCCAUCACCCUCGACAACAACCUCCACUCGCCGCCCGUGGGUCGGGCCCAAGGGAUGUACCUGUACGACACCAAGAACACGUACACGGCCUGGCUCGGGUUCAGCUUCAGCCUCAACAGCACCGAGCACCAGGGGAGCAUUAAUUUUGUCGGUGCCGACCCGCUGAUGAACAAGACGAGGGAUAUUUCGAUCGUCGGCGGGACGGGGGAUUUCUUCAUGCACAGAGGUGUCGCCACCGUGAUGACGGAUGCUUACGAGGGGGAAGUGUACUUUAGGCUGAGAGUGGAUAUGAAGUUCUAUGAGUGCUGGUGA